CCAAAUGAUCAACAUAACCCUCACCGUUUACAAAACAGUGCACUAUAUUCAUUUCAGUAUCAACUUUUUCAAAAUGUAGAACUUUAAAAUAAUAACAAUCUUUAUUACAAGAUGUUAAAUUGAAAAAAGUGUACCGAGUGAGUUUUCCCACAUUUAACGAAGUGUGAUCAUGAAGUAACUGAUCAAGUUUACUUGGAAAUCGAACAUGAAGGCAAGUACAUGGGACGAAUUGUCAUUGGCCUAUUUGGCACAGUAGCACCAAAAACAGUGCUCAAUUUUAAAACAAUUGCCACAAAUGGCAUCAAUGGUAAAACUUAUGAAGGAUCAACUUUUCAUCGCGUUAUUCAAAGAUUCAUGAUACAAGGAGGAGAUAUCAUGAAUGGAGAUGGUACUUCAUCUAUUUCGAUUUAUGAUGAAGGUCUUUUUGAAGAUGAAGACUUUAGCAUUAGCCAUAAUGGAGCAGGUUAUAUUAGCAUGGCUAACAGUGGACCAAAUACAAAUGGAUGUCAAUUUUUCAUUACAACCAUGGCAUGUACAUGGCUUGAUGGACAUCAUGUAGUUUUUGGCAAAGUUGUUCGAGGUCAAGAUAUUGUACAUCGCAUUGAACAUGUUCGAACGGACACGGAUGAUAGGCCAGUCGAGACGGUAAAAAUUAUUCAGUCAGGUUUGAUUGAAACACCUCGACCGUUUUAUAUUUCUGAAGAUCCGUACGAUUAUAGUUUGAUGCAAUGGAUUUACGAUGGCAUUUUACCGCUUUCGUUUUCAUUUUGUAUUCUGGGCUUUUUCCAAUGGGUCCUUAGCAAAUUAAAUGGAUUCAAAAUAGUUUGAAUGUAAAUGUUGUUUCUUGUUAUUAACAAUUCAUUGAAGUAUCAAAUGAAAUGACUAUAUUACCUUUUUGUCAAAUUACAUUGAGCAUUUUGAAUAAAGUUAUUUAAAUUGUAA